AUGUCGUCUCCAGAUGCCAAGGUUCACCCCACCGACAACAAGGUCUACCCCCAUGACAAGGAGGUCGUCGACCAAGCCCUGGACCGCGUCUCCUCAAUUGACGAGAAGAAUAUUGAGGGCGACGGGUCGAGCUACAUCGAUGGAUCUGAGGGUGUCACCCAACAUGAUUUGGAUACUUUGAGACACGUAGCGGAUACUCUGCCCUACACGGCAUGGUUGGUUCUCAUCGUCGAAUUUGCGGAAAGAUGGAGUUACUACGGUACUACAAACAUCUUCAACAACUACAUUCGUGCACCUCUUCCAAGAGGCUCGAAGGAUGGUCGUGUCAUCUUUGAUGUGGCCAACGGUGUCGCUGGUGCCCUCGGUCAAGGUGUUCAGAAGUCCUUUGCUCUCCGUAACUUCUGGGUGUACGUUACCCCCUUCCUCGGUGGCAUCCUUGCCGACACUCUGUGGGGGAGAUACAAAACCAUCAUGAUCUUUGCUUUGGUCUGCUUGUCUGGCCACAUUAUCUUGGUUGGAUCCGCUUCCCCAUCUGCACUGGCCCAGCCGAAUGUAUCCCUCGGCCUUUUGGUACUGUCGAUCACCAUUAUGGGUCUCGGUGCUGGGUGCAUCAAAGCCAACGUCUCUCCAAUGAUUGCCGAGCAGUACACAGGUCGCUUGCGCAAGGAAACUCUUCCUUCGGGCGAGGUUGUUAUCAAGUCGCCCACUCUCACCAUUCAGAGUAUCUACCUCUGGUUCUACGCCGGUAUUAACUUGGGCUCUUGUGGUGCCAUCUCGGCUUCGUUCCUCGCUCGUGACAACGGUUACUGGACGGCGUUCUUGGUCCCCACAUGUAUCUUCGCUUUGGUGCCAUUGGUUCUAAUUGCUGGAAAGAACCAGUAUGUGAAGACCCCUCCCCGCGGCUCCGUUAUCCUUGAGAGUGUUCGUGUCAUCACAAUGUGCAUGUCCCACCGCUGGUCCAUCAACCCCAUCCGCACCAUUCAGAACUUCCGCUCUGAAGGAUUCUGGGAUACUGCUAAGCCUUCAUUCUACGAGCAGGGCAAAGCGCCUGUUAGAAUUACUUGGGACGACGACUUCGUGGGCGAGGUUCACCGAACAGUCAAGGCUUGCCAAGUUUUCCUGUUCUUCCCCUUCUUCUGGCUUUGCUACUCUCAGAUCGACGGAAAUCUUGGAACAAUGGCCGCUGGAAUGACGCUGCACGGCACACCCAACGAUCUUAUUCAGAAUUUGAACCCCAUCAGUAUCAUCGUUAUGAUUCCCAUCUUCGACAAGAUCAUCUACCCGUUCCUCCGCCGCCGUCACAUUAACUUCUCCCCCAUCAAGCGUAUCUACGCCGGUUUCCUCGUCGCUGGCCUCGCCAUGCUUUACGCUGCUAUCCUCCAGAAAUUCCUCUACGAGAAAUCCCCCUGCCACGACAACGAGCCCUCCGCAUGUGUCAAUGCUGAUGGUGACCCAUGGCCAGCUCCAGUCAACGUCUGGGUUGUCUCUGGACCAUAUAUUCUUGUCGGCAUGGCUGAAAUCUUCGCUUCUAUCACCUCCCUCGAAUAUGCCUUCACCAAGGCACCCAAGAGCAUGAAGUCGGUGGUCAUGGCUUUCUCCCAGUUCCAGACCGCCCUUUCGUCCGCUCUCAACUUCGCUCUCACUGCAGUCAAUGUCGAACAGAAGUUCACAUGGCUCUUUGGUGCGUUCGCGGUGACUGCCUGGGUCAUCGGCACGAUCUUCAUGAUUAGCUUCCGACAACUGGACCGCAUGGAAGAGCAACUGAAUGCCAUCGGUACAGGACAACGCGACGGCUUCAAGGAAGAGGAGCACUAA